AACACAGUGAAGGCGCGACUUAACACAGCCUUCAAAAGUCCUGUGUACACCGCUGCUUUCUCGGUACUGAAGCAUUAACCAGUAUAGCUGGUGCUGCUGUCUCUGGUUCGCUGCUGUUAUGACUCAGUCAAUUGUUGUUCAAGUCGGGCAGUGUGGAAACCAGGUCGGUUGCAGAUUCUGGGAUCUGGCUCUGCGCGAGCACGCACACGUCAACAAGAGAGGAUUGUACGACGAGGCCCUCAGCAGCUUCUUCCGUAAUGUGGUUCCAAGGAAAAGUGAUGGUGGAGCCUGUUAUGUUGGAGGGAGGAUCCAACACCUGAAGGCUAGAGCGGUCUUGAUCGACAUGGAGGAGGGCGUGGUCCACGGGAUCCUGCAGGGCCCACUGAGGGAAGUGUUUGACAGCGCUCAGCUCCUCACGGACGUUUCGGGUUCAGGCAACAACUGGGCUGUUGGAAACCUGACGUACGGCUCGGCCUACAGGGAUUCCAUAGUGAACAAACUGAGAAAGGCAGCCGAACACUGUGACUGUCUCCAGUGCUUCUUCCUCAUUCACUCAAUGGGAGGAGGUACAGGGUCCGGUCUGGGGACCAGAGUGCUCAGCCUGCUGGAGGAGGAGUUUCCUGAUGUUUGUCGCAUUGUCACUGCCAUGUAUCCAUCAGCAGAAGAUGAUGUCAUCACUUCUCCCUAUAACAGUGUCCUUGCUAUGAGAGAGCUGACAGAGCAUGCAGAUUGUGUCCUGCCUGUUGAAAACCAGUCUCUGGUGGACAUCGUGAACAAGAUCAGUCUCAUGUCUCAUGAUGCAAAACCUGGAUGUGUGCUAAAGAAAGAAAGCACAGUCACCUCUGGACAGGGGGGGGUCAGUCCAACAGAGAGGCCAUUUGAUGCCAUGAAUAACAUAGUAGCUAACCUGCUGCUCAACAUCACCAGUUCUUCACGUUUUGAGGGUUCUCUCAACAUGGAUUUGAAUGAGAUCGCCAUGAAUCUGGUCCCCUUCCCUCGUUUACACUACCUAGUGCCCAGCCUCACGCCCCUGUACACACUGGCCGAUGUCAACAUUCCUACUAGAAGAUUGGAUCAGAUGUUCAGCGACGCCUUCAGUAAGGAGCACCAGCUGAUCCGGGCCGACCCGAAGCACAGCCUCUACUUGGCCUGUGCUCUGAUGGUCCGAGGCAACGUGCAGGUGUCUGACCUCCGCAGGAACAUCGAGAGGCUGAGACCAUCGCUGCCCUUCGUGUCGUGGAAUCAGGAGGGCUGGAAGACGGGCCUGUGCUCCGUCCCCCCUGUAGGACACACCCACUCCCUGCUGGCGCUGGCCAACAACACCUGUGUGAAGCCCACCUUCAUUGAGCUGAGAGACCGCUUCACAAAGCUCUACAAGAAGAAGGCUCACUUACACCACUAUCUGCACAUAGACGGCAUGGAGCAGAGCGCCUUCUCUGAGGCGCUGUCCUCUCUCAGUGCACUGAUUGAGGAGUAUCAUCAUCUGGACGCCACAAAAGCCCGACUCAUACCGGACGCACCCAGACUCUCCAUCGCCAGAUGAAGAUCCACUCGGACAUUUCACAAAAUCCUUCCCAAUAAAAACACACGCACCUUUUGUAAUUUUAAUAUAUUUAAUUUAUGAUGUGAAUAAAGUGAAAUUUUCUGUUGGACUUAAAAAGAACAUGUGAGGUUGAGUGUGACUUGGUCAGUACUGGCAGCGUUUUAAGGAUCUGUGACUCCUAUUAGCUAAUCUGAACGGGUCCACAGCUGGAUGUGAGGAAGGAUCUCCUGAUGUUCUGGUCUGAAUGGAUAGAAAAUAUCAUUUUUAAUUCUCUCUUUUUUUACUUUGGAUUUUGCUUAAAACUACAUUUCUGUGCUUCUGUUUCUUCAUUUUAAUAUUUUGCUUGUUUUUGGGGGGGGGGGUUAAAAUAAAAUCAGAGAUGUAUUUUUCUAUACCAAAUUUUAUAUUUCAAAUUCAUGCAAAACCAGUUGUUUAGUAUAUUGUUUUUACUGUAUAAAGAGAAAGCAAAUAUGUUAGGCCUACGUAUUAUUACAAAAUUCCAAAGCGAUAAAGCGUUCCCCUUCGAUAAAGUUCAUCUCUGUGGAAACUCAAGUCCAGCCUGAUGCUUCACAGCUACUUCCCCAUUCCUCAGUAGAAGUUACCAGGUUUUCAUGUCUUCUAAAAUCUCUCGAUGAAUGAUUGCAGGUCAUGUCAGUUAUAUCCAUUAUGAAGCAGUAGCUCUAAUUUUACUUAGCCUGGGUAAUGAUGUCUCUGUUUGGUUUUCUCCUGUUCUGGAUGCCAUGUUUAAUGUGGGGAUUUUUCUGAACGAAGCUGCAGGGAUUCACAUCUUUUCUGUUACUGUAAAACUUUGUGAAGAUUAUGUUCAAAGCACUGUGAGCUGCUUCAAAAAUAGUUUUAACUAAUCUUUUUUUAAAUACAUUUUUUUCAGGCACAUCAGCUGACAAAACCUUCACUCAUAUAAGGACAUCUGAAACAUUUAUUUGGUUGAGCUUACAAAUGCAAAUGUCAAGAUAUUGCAAGAUAUUUUCUAUACAUGACAUGCCCCAAAACAUUUUUACUACAAUUUCUUAAAUAAGGAGCCUGAUGAAAGGUU